AUGUUAAUAUUGAUGACAAUACCAAUUUUAACUUCUUACACGAUUUCAAUAUUAUAUAAUAAAUUCAAUAUUCAUAAUGGAUUAGAGAAGAAAGCAGAUAAGGAAUACGUUAAUACUGAGUUAGAGAAGAAAGCAGAUAAGGAAUACGUUAAUACUGAGUUAGAGAAGAAAGCAGAUAAGGAAUACGUUAAUACUGAGUUAGAGAAGAAAGCAGAUAAGGAAUACGUUAAUACUAAAUUAAAUACAAUUCUUGAGAUGAUUUACCCCAUUGGUUCAAUAUAUACAUCAAUGAAUUCAACAAAUCCGGCAAGUGUUUUAGGUUUUGGUACAUGGCAACAAAUAAUCGAUCGUUUCUUAUAUUGUGCUAACUCAUCAAAACAAACAGGAGGAAGUAAAACAAUUACGGGUGAAAAUUUACCUGCUCAUAGUCAUUACGUUAAUUUAAACACAACUGAAGCAGGAUGGCAUAAGCAUAGAUAUUGGGAUUGGUCCGGAAUGAUAAAAGGUAAAGGGUAUGAUGUUAAAGAUGAAGUUAAAUUUGCUAUUAAUUGUUACUGGAGCGAUACACAGGGUUCAGGUAAUCAUACACAUAAUGUUUCAGGAUAUACACAAACGACGGGACAGAGUAAAGAUUACAUGCCUCCAUUUAUGACAGUUUACGCAUGGUUUCGCACGGACUGA